UGCCGAUCGUUAUUCAGUUCAAAACGACAUCCUGUACUACAAAUAUAUCCCAGUAGGCGGGCAACCGCGAUUGUUGUGCUAUAUCCCCAAAGGCCAUCGGCUCAGUCUUUUGCGCAUAUUUCAUGAUGAGCACGAACAUAUUGGCACAGACAAAACCCUAGAUCUCAUAUUGAGACACUUUUGGUUCCCCGGCCUUAAGCAAUUUGUUAGUAAAUAUGUGGCUCAUUGUCUUGUAUGCAUUUCGCAAAAACGAGUCCCUCGCGCUCCUUUACAAAAUAUUACAUCAUGGGAAAAACCUGAUACCCCAUUCCAUACUGUUCACGCUGAUGCUUUAGGUCCUUUGCCACCAUCAGAAGGGUACAAGUUUAUUCUCGUCAUCGUGGACUCGUUCACGAAGUUCACCCUUUUGUAUCCCAUCUAUAAACAAGAUGCAGCUGAACUCAAACGUGUGGUUACUCAAGCAAUUUCGAUAUUCGGUGUGCCCAAGCUUAUGAUUACGGACAAGGGACGUAUGUUUGAAUCUAACGAUUUUGUAACAUGGAUAAGAGAACUGGGUAGCGAUCUCCAUUAUAUAACGCCGGAGAUGCAUCAUGCUAAUGGCCAGGCCGAGCGCUACAUGCGAACCGUCCUUAACAUGUUGCGCAUUCAAACAAACUACAAAAAUGCAUCGUGGUCAGAUACGAUAUGGAAGUUACAACUAGUGUUAAACAUAACAAAACAAAAAACGACGCAAGCCUCCCCGCUGAAUCUUUUGAUAGGUACAGAAGCCACAACCCCUGCGAUUCGCGCCCUAGUUCGUGACUUGGCAGUUGAAGGAUCCUCUCCAAAUAGAGAGGCUCUGCGUGAGAUAACCAGGAGCAGAACUAGGAACUUGCUAAAAAGAAACCAGGCACAGCAAGACGAGCGCGUCAAUCGGCAUCGUCAUCAACCACGCCAAUUUAAUCUGAACGACUUAGUAUUUGUCAUAAAAAUAUCUCAGUCAACAGGGAAGCUAGAUUCUGGCAUGCGUGGUCCUUACAAGGUAGUGGAGGUGCUGCCAAGUGGACGCUACGCACUUCGCUUGCUUACUGGUGGCUAUGGCAAGACGACGCAGGCUGCGGCUCAACACAUGGUGCCGUGGCGAGGCGAAUGGUGUCCUGACACGUGUGCUGCACUGUUUGAAAGUGAAGACCUGGAAGGUGAUGAAACAUCAUCAUCUUCGGCAACCGCCGCAGACGCGGAAACUGGGCCUACUACGUCAGGCACAGUUGCUGUCAUGGACACCACUCCAGCACGUGUCGAGGACGACACUCUGUCAGGAGAGGCCGUAUAAGCAGAACAAAUCAGUUGACGCCUUAGUUGAUUGUCAAUGACGUCACUGCCUAUACCUGGCUGCAUAGCUAUAGCGCCGUGCGCGCAGCUGGCACCCGGGCUGUCCGGCAUUGACUUCGUGGCGCUUGCAGCGAGCGGACGUCUCCUGAAUCUCUGUGGUCGAAGGGUCGCGUGAGCCAUACUUUUGUGUUCAGUGCAGUGCAGUGAAUAAAUAAGCAAUCGUGUUAAAGUUAAGGCUAGUAGAUUUUAAGCUUGUUCUGAUAAAUCAUUGUUUGCGUUUAGCUUAUGCUUGCUUAGAUAAUUAAAUUGCUUUAAACUUAAAUAAAACGGUUUCUAGAUUAAAUCAUUUUUUAUUUAGUGCA